AUGGUACGAUUAUAUUCGUUCAGUUACUUCCAAUUGACUAUGAAAAAAAGAAAUAAAAAUGUCUAUGCUCAUCCGGUGGCGCUUACUGAUGCGUUCACUACUGGGGUCCGCGCCAUGGAGCAGCGGCUGUGCGAGUGGCCAGCGGGCACUGAAGGUGCACCCAGAGCUAUCACACGGCUGGAGGGCCAGAUUGAAGAACAGAAGCAGUUAAGACUCCAAGACGCGAAACAGGUGGAAGCAAAGGCGGCCCGCAUAAAAGAGUGGGUUACAAACAAAUUGAGGGAGUUAGAACAGCAAAACCAGUUGCUACGAGAACAGAACGACCGUUGCAAUCAACAACUUGAGUUGUUACGGAAUCAUAUAGCAACUCAGGGUAGCAGGAAUUGCACGCUACCAAUAAACUCAUCGGAACCUCACUAUAGUACCCCAGUUAGACACAGACGGAACUUGUCAAUCGGCGCUACCAACAUAGCGAACAACGUUAAUGCUGCCAACCCACCGGGGUUGACCACUAUGAAUAAGACUAUGGAUGAGAGGACUACGGCCAGCUUGUUAGCUGAUGACUUGGCUGCCGCAGUGGAAAACUUAGUCGUGCUUCCAACGACGCCGAACACUUCGACUGACGGAGAUACCACACACGACUACGCAGAAAUAUAUACACCAAGCAGAGAACGAACUCCAGCGUGGCAAGGCGCAGUCAAUGUGAUAGUGCAAGGCAACAGUCGCGGCGGCUCGUCUACUGGUGAUAGCUCCACGUCCGAACAGCCCCGGCCACCUACACCACCAUUGCAUAGGUUCCCCAGCUGGGAGGCUAAAAUUUACCAGGUAGCAGACGACGGCCUCCAACAGUCUGUAGAGGAGGAACUGAGUCCACCGCCUUGUCCCAGACCAAUGCACGAAUCCACCAGCUACCAGGAUAUAUCCGUCCCAGUUUACGCCACUGUCAAAGGGCGUGCUAGUCAAAUAAGAUCGAUGCCAUUCACCGGUGAUUCGUCAGACGACUCCUCAGACGGCGAAGAGUCCAUGGGAGUGACCGUCCAUAACACGCCACAUCACCAGCUUGUCAACCCAGUAUUCGGUGGCACCACCUCUAACCAAAUCCCAAUCAACAACGUGAACCUGACCAGCGUCCUUCCAGCCUCCAUCCAACAGACAUCCAACGGCUUGGUGCUAACCAACAGUGCCAACGGGCAGUGCAGCUCAUCUGAUACCAGUCUUAGCGCUAGUAGCCCGUCGAAGAGUGUGAAGACGAGUUCGAGCUUGUCACCUGCUAAGAGGUCCAGUAGUGGAUCACCGAGUAAACAGAGCAAGACCAGAGACACAUCAUUCGAAUCCGGCAUGUCAGAUGACUACGCAAUCCCACCGGAUGCAGUUUCCUGCGAUAGUACCGCGUCUCCUUCACUCGCGUCGCUGUGCCGCGCUCCGCCCACCACGGACUCUCCGCGACGGCACGAUGCUUUAGAGAAAAGUGGACACCUGGCCAAGCUUGGAGGGAAACUGAAAACUUGGAGAAAACGAUGGUUCGUUCUUAAAAAUGGUACUCUAUCGUAUUGGAAGUCCCAGUCCGAAGUGAAUCGGAAACCUCAAGGACAGAUAGGGCUGGGCGAAGCUUGCAAGAUAUCCAGGAACGAAGGUGCUGCCACCUUCGAGAUUUUCACCGGCAGCAGAACUUAUUACUUGACGGCAGACAGCAUCGCUACCAUGGAGGAUUGGAUCAGGGUAUUACAGAACGUACAAAGACGAAAUGCGACGAAGCUACUUCUAAGCAAAGAAGACAACAAACCCACUAUUCAGGGCUGGCUAACUAAAGUUAAGAAUGGCCACGCCAAGAAGAGCUGGUGCGUGCUUAUUGGCAAAAUGUUCCUGUACUUUAAGUCUCCAGGAGACCAGAAUCCAACCGGCCAGAUAAACAUGCGUGACGCUCGAGUAGAGGACGUAGAGCACGUGUCCGACUCCGACUCCGAAGAGAAGACUGACGACACGAGAAAAAACCUCACAGUCGCCAUCUAUCCGCAACACCAGGUAACUGGGGGUCCUACAUACUUGCUCUUCGAGAGCAAGGCUGACAAAGACUCGUGGCUGUACCAUCUGACGGUGGUGAGCGGUGGGGGGUUGAGCCAGGGUACACACUUUGAACAGCUAGUGCAGAAACUAAUGGAGACCGACGGAGACCCUAAUUGUGUUUUAUGGAGGCACCCUACGCUUCUGUAUUCCAAAGAAAAUCUGACGUCACCCCUUACUUCGCUAAACUCCGAGGCUUUACAAGCUGAAGCACUCAAACUUUUUAAGUGCGUGCAACUGUUCAUGUCGGUGGCGGUGGAGCAGGCGGGCAUCGACUACCACGUGGUGCUGGCGCAGAACGCGCUGCAGCAGUGCCUGGAGGUGGGCGAGCUGCAGGACGAGCUGGCGUCCGUGCUCGCCAAGCAGGUCACGCCGCACACGCACUCCAAGCACGGCGUGCAGGUAAACACGCCGACACCCACUCGACACGCUAAGCUAAACGUUAAGGCCGCCAAGCUUAAGAAUCAACUUCUACUGUGCGCGACUCAGUCGCUCUUCACUUGCGACACUGGCGCCUCGUCCGUCGGCGGCGACAACAAGAGCGGCGAUGUGCAACCCAACGCCGCGGGGUCGCCUAGCUCUAUACAGCCAUGUUUCCAGGCGCCGCUUUUAUCCGUGGACUGCAAGAGCAACCCUCCGACGUACAGCUUUGUGCAAGGGUGGCAACUCUUAGCGUUGGCAGUGAGCCUCUUUGUGCCGAGGAAUAACAGGUUGCUGUGGUAUUUGAAAUUGCACUUGAGCAGACAUGCUGACUCCAAAACGGAGUGCGGUAAAUACGCUGCAUAUUGUUCACGUGCUUUGGAAAGGACGAUCCGCAACGGUGGUCGCGAAGACAAACCUUCUAGAAUGGAAGUGUUAUCAAUAUUGUUGAAGAACCCCUACCACCAUUGUCUACCUCAUGCGAUACCUGUUCACAUGCUCAAUAAUACUUAUCAGGUUAUAAGCUUCGACGGUUCUACGACAGUGGAAGAGUUCCUAUCAACAUUGAGUACAGAGCUUGGAUGCCGAGAGUCGGCAUCCUCAGGGUUUGCUCUGUUCAGCGAUGACCCCAUAGAAAAGGACUUAGAACUGAAUAUUAAACCGGAUAAAAAGCUAUGUGAUGUAAUAUCAAAAUGGGAGACGGCGCUCAGAGAAAAAGGAUCUGGAAAGUUCGAAAACUCAAGAGUGAUUCGGCUCACUUACAGGAACAGGCUAUACUUUAAGAAUUCUGUAAGAAGUGAGACCGAUAAGGAACGGUUAUUGCUGUGCUAUCAAGUUAAUCAGCAAGUGGUGGCGGGCCGUUUCCCCGUGACGCGGGAGCUAGCGGCUGAGCUGGGGGCGCUGAUGGCCCAGCUCGACAUGGGCGACUACUCCCCCUCCAACACACAACACAACCAACCCCUCGCGCACAGGUUCUACCCCUACAGAUACAGGGCAGGACUGAGCAAUGAAGAACUUAGGGACGUUGAAGAGAAGCUUCGAUCCAAGUGGGUGGCUCUCAAGGGACGUAGUACGGCGGACUGUGUACGAAUAUACCUUAACUGUACGAGGAAGUGGCCUUUCUUUGGUGCUACGUUGUUCCAGGCUAGGAUAAAACAACCAGACUUAUCUAUGGUGUGGUUGGCGGUGUCCGAGGAGGGCGUGACCGUGUUGGAACUCGCCUCCAUGUCUGUGAUAGGGCGGUACGCGCUCAACUCCAUAGGACUCUUCGGAGGUUUACAGGAUGAUCUGAUGAUGUUGAUUGACGCCGAGGACGCGGUGAGUCCAGUACAUAAGAUGUUGAUCAGCCUCAAUAAGCCAAAAAUGGCAGAGCUAACCCAUCUAAUAGCCGACUACAAGAACGCACUCCUCCGGCCCGGAGGCACCGGCACUCCUCAAAUGAAUUCCCUCACACGGAACGGGAGUCAUCGCUCAAUCCGCAAGCCCACCUCAACACUCCCACACUCUAGCCCUUCUACAUUACCUCACACACAUCAAUUAUCACAAUCUCAUCACACACAUCACACCACUGGGCACAACACCCUAAAUUCCCACGCGACGACGAUGACUCUAGGGUCAGAUAGAAAUGCGACCCUAACGUUAAGUUCGCACACGUCGACUUUUAACCAACACGUGGAAGCCAGGGUCCUGUCUCACGGACAACCGGACAUUCUAAAGUCGACGCCUGAUCAUCACAGAAGUGAGAAGAAGAGAAGUCACACGCAGGACAGUGGAGUUGCGUGA